AUGCCUGAGUCUCCUCUCAGUCCCACGGCAGCCCGUCAAACCCCAGCCAGCAGCCUGCUCAGUCACACAGACAACGGCGCGGGAGAGAGAGUGGCUAAUGGGGACUCCUGCAGUGGAGUGAGCGCUGAAAACUGGCAGAGUCUCUGCCACAAGCAGGUCUUUCUAGCCAUGAUGGCUCCUCAGCAGAUGCAGCAGCUUCUGUCUCCAAACCAGCUGCAGGCUCUGAUCCACCAGAAGCAGCAAGCCCUUCUGCUCCAGCAGCAACAUCUCAAAGAGUUCUACAAGAAGCAACAACAACAGAUUCAGCUGCUUCAGCAGCAAUCCAGCAAGAAAAUCAAAGAGCUUCCUGCACAGCAGCUCGUGUUCCAGCAGCUCCUCCAACUCCAGCAGCAGCAACAGCAGCUCCUCCGGGCUCAGAGACCGGCGCUGGCUUCUCCUGCCCUCUCUCCAGCUUGUCUCAGCCCUGCAGAGAUGCAGCAGAUCUGGAAAGAACUCACAUUCGGCAUAGCUGAAGAUAAAACCACAAUGAAGGGCAACCAGGACUCUUCUGCUCACAAGAUGUCACCAAAAGUCACAGGGAGACCGACCAGUGACCAGCAGUCUGCGUCUCCUCGCAGGCCACAGUGCACCGUUAAAGGUGAUCGCGCCGUCCUCUUCGGUCACGGUGUGUGUAACUGGCCCGGCUGCGAGGCAGUCUGUGAAAACUUCAGCCAAUUCACCAAGCACAUAGGCAGCGAACACACUCUGGAUGACAGAAGUACAGCUCAGUGCCGAGUCCAGAUGCAGGUGGUUCAGCAGCUUGAGCUUCAGCUCUGCAAAGAACGGGAGCGUCUGCAAGCAAUGAUGGCUCACCUGCACCUGCCAUCUUUAGAGGCUCAGUCGCUCUCCGCACCAGCGCGGUCGCCACAGUCCGAUGCGGCCGCUGACCCUCGCGGCCUGCAGCUCGGCUCAGUCACCGUCAACAACAACUUGCCCUCGCUUUGCCUGUCAGACUCGGCCCAGGCGUCGCCCCAACCUCUGGAUCCCUCCAGCACUCCGUCGCAGGGCUGCGAAGAAGAGUCGCCUUCGCAUACAUCGUGUGGCGGGGCCAUCAGACGUCGUCACCACCCUUUGGUCUACUCUUUGUCCUCAGAAAAUGAAUUUGAGCUUUACAAGAACACCGAUAUCAGACCACCUUUCACCUAUGCAACACUGAUUCGACAGGCUAUAAUGGAAGCAUCAGACAUGCAGCUAACGCUCAACGAGAUAUACAACUGGUUCACGAGGACGUUCGCUUAUUUCAGACGCAACGCUGCCACGUGGAAGAACGCAGUUCGCCACAACUUGAGCCUGCACAAGUGUUUUGUGCGUGUGGAGAAUGUGAAAGGCGCAGUGUGGACGGUUGAUGAGGUGGAAUAUCAGAGGAGGAGAUCCCAGAAGAUCACAGGGAGUCCGUCGCUGAUGAAGAACGUUUCCUCCAAUCUGGCUUUCGGAACCGUUCUGAAUGCAAGUUUACAGACCGCACUGGCAGAGGCGUCACUGCCCGGAAUCAAGGACACUGUGAACAGCUCGAGGAAUCAAAUACAGGACAACAAAGUGGCAGACAGGCACAGAAACCAAAACUUCUCUCCACAAGUUCAGCAAACACUUUUCCUUAAAGAUGAAGAGCUGAAUGUGAAUGAGCAAGACAGUCUUUUGCAGACAGUUAAACCAGUGAGUCUGCAGCACGGUGGGACCGAAAAUGAUGAUGAGCACUUGUUUGACCUUGAAUGA